AUGACUGCAAGAUUGCUAUUCUGCAUUGCUGAGGAGGCCAAACCGUUCACUCGCAUGGCCUCGAACAUCGAGAUGGAAGGGGACGGCCCAAAAGUCUUCACUGUUGUUAAGAGUCGCGACCUUGUAGUCAACAACAGGAUGGCAGAACUUCGAAAAGGAGGGCUCACUGGAACCGAGGAUUUUCAAACCGAAUUCAUCGGUGCGUCCGUUCGGGAUUGCCAGGAAUAG